GUUCUGCACCUCACCACCCCGUCUCGUUGCAGGAAGUUCUACUACAUCACACUGCUGCGCGACCCCGUGUCCCGCUACCUGAGCGAGUGGCGGCACGUGCAGCGCGGGGCCACCUGGAAGACCUCCCUGCACAUGUGUGACGGGCGCACGCCCACGCCCGAGGAGCUGCCGCCCUGCUACGAGGGCACGGACUGGUCGGGCUGCACGCUGCAGGAGUUCAUGGACUGCCCCUACAACCUGGCCAACAACCGCCAGGUGCGCAUGCUGGCCGACCUGAGCCUGGUGGGCUGCUACAACCUGUCCUUCGUCCCCGAGGGCCGGCGGGCCCAGCUGCUGCUGGACAGUGCCAAGAAGAACCUGCGGGGCAUGGCCUUCUUCGGCCUGACCGAGUUCCAGCGCAAGACGCAGUACCUGUUCGAGCGGACGUUCAACCUCAAGUUCAUCCGGCCCUUCAUGCAGUACAACAGCACCCGGGCAGGCGGCGUGGAGGUGGACGCGGACACCGUCCGGCGCAUCGAGGAGCUCAACGACCUGGACGUGCAGCUCUACGACUACGCCCGAGACCUGUUCCAGCAGCGCUACCAGUACAAGCGGCAGCUGGAGCGCAGGGAGCAGCGCCUCCGGAGCCGGGGGGCCGUGUGCCCACCGAGGACUACAUGAGCCACAUCAUCGAGAAGUGGUAGUGGCAGCUGGAGGCCCGUCGGGGGGAGGGGACAUCGGAGAGGCUCACGGCUGUCAGCACUCGGGUGAGAAGAGUCCCGGGUCCACUCCCCGAGGGCAGGUGCGUCCGGAACUAAGACGGGGAUGGGCAGUGGCCCGGUGGGGCUGGUGCUCCCCGGUUCCCAGGCCUGGGUCUGAAGAACCCAUCUGUGCCGCCCACAGGCUCAGAGGAGGGCGAGCGGAGGCCAGGGGCCUGCACGGGCUGGGAGGCAGCAGCCCGCUGGCCCCUCACUUCACAGCAGCUGGAGGUUUGAAGAUAAGGGACAGACCGUGGAGCCGAGAGUGGGGAGUGGCCCUGCAGACCAGGGGGAAGCGGCCCCUGCCCGCUGCGCACACCCCUCUCUCUCGGGCUGUAGGGUUCGUCCUGCUUGAGCCAUCCCACGGCCCUGGGCCUCCAGCCCACUCCUUGGGCCUGCAAGCCCUUGAGGUGUCAGGAGGGGGCUCUACACUCACCUGUGUUCAGCAACAGGCCACCCCUCUGAAGCCAGGAGGACUCUGGUCCAGCCCUGGGAGCCCCCACCCCCA